AUAUUUCAAUAUUAUUAUUAUAAUAUAUGAAAUCAAUUCCAGUCGGUGCGUCUCGUUCUGCGGUCAUACGUAAUAGUUUAUAUUUUGACGCAUACAAACGGUAACAUAUAUUCAACCGAUGCAGGACGUUCGCCGCCCUCUUCCGUGGUUCACAAAGGGCCUUAGCACUUCCAGGAAAACAACUACUCGAGUGGUGCGCCCACUACCUGUACUGCCCAAAGCAAGGACGGGCAUAUCACAAGCAGCGCUCAAGUAUAAAGCUACGGACAGAAUAAAGAAAUUGGCCGAGCACCGAUCAGUGCCAAAAACGUACAGCUUCGACGAACGUUUGUGCUUCUCGGUGAAGCCACAGGCGCUUACUUACAGUCCGUCGUUCCGUAUUCGACAACUGGCUAUGCCCCGGCAACGCAGUGAAAAGAAGAAUUUUUUAAGCUCAUAACAGGUAUUUCGGUUUAGGAUAAUAUGGAUUGAGUUUUUUUUUUUUUAUUGUAGCACCUACUCACAUUGACCGGUUGUAUUCAUGGCAGUAUAUUAAACUUUAGAACUCCCCAAACCUCGGAUCCGCUAUGUGAAAAAGGAAAACGUGAUCGUCAGUUUUUACUCGAUUUUGGAAUAAAUUGCUGUAUCAAUGAACUUCAUACGUUUGAUAUACAUUGUCCAGUCAACGAUCACAAUAUCACAUAUAUU